AUGACCAAGAAGCUACUGCAGGACAGCACUAGCCCGAGUGAUAGCACCGACGCCAGCACCACCUUCACCACGUCAACAGACAUCACCGCAGACAUGGUGCAUACACACAGAAUGGGAUCCGUGCUCGAAGAGCGACGUGACCCUAAUUUCAAUUCAUGGACUGAGAUCAUCCCAGAGCGUGUCAAGCAUGCCGCUAAGGGCGUCGUGCCCAUUCGUGGCAACAAGGGUAGCAACAUCCUCGGACCCGACAACCCAGAGCGCGCACAGCAGUCCUACUCACUUGUCCGCCCACCCGUCACUGACGGCGGCAAGAUGCCCAACAUGAAGUGGUCAUUUACCGACUCGCACAUGCGACUUGAGGAGGGCGGCUGGGCUCGCGAGACGACUGUCCGCGAGCUCGGUACAUCCAAGGAGAUUGCAGGCGUUAACAUGCGUCUCGAGGCUGGCGCAUACCGCGAGCUGCACUGGCACUCGGAGGCAGAGUGGGCAUACAUCCUCAAGGGAUCCUGCCGAAUGACCGUGCUUGAUGUCGAGGGUGGCAGCUAUAUUGACGAUCUGGAGGAAGGUGACCUUUGGUACUUCCCGACUGGUUAUCCUCACUCUAUCAUUGGUACCGGUGAUGAGGGAACUGAGUUUCUCCUGGUCUUCGAUGAUGGCAACUUCAGCGAAGAUUCGACUUUUCUCUUGACCGACUAUCUUGCCCGGACACCGAAGGACAUCCUGGCCAAGAACUUCCGCAUCGACGCUCGCACAUUUGACACCUUGUCGCAGAAGGAGAAGUAUAUCUUCCAAGGUACCGUCCCAGGCAGCCUUGAAGCAGAUCGCAAGCAGGUAAUCCAGUCAAAGCACCGCUUCACGCACCGUCUCCUCCAGCAGAAGCCCAUCAAGUUCGACGGUGGUGAGGUCCGCAUUGUUGACAGCACCAACUUCCCCAUGUCCAAGACUGUGGCCGCCGCACAUGUCAUCAUCAACCCCGGCGCACUCCGCGAGAUGCAUUGGCACCCCAAUGCUGACGAGUGGUCAUUCUUCAUCAGCGGCAAGGCACGCGUCACAAUCUUCGCUUCGAACGGCAAUGCGCGGACAUUCAACUACCAGGCCGGUGACGUGGCUGUGAUUCUCAAGAACCACGCUCAUUACGUCGAGAACAUCGGCGAUGAUCCUGUGGAGAUGCUGGAGAUGUUCCGCGCGGCGAGAUUCGAGGACUUCAGCGUUGAGCAGUGGUUGGCACAGACGCCAAGGUUGACGGUAGCAGAGCACAUGAACCUGACAGGCAGCAGGAAGGAGGAGUUCUUGAACGGUCUGAGCAAGAGCCCGGCGGCAGUGAAGCCUCCUCUCAAGAAGAGCAAGAGUUUCAACGAUGCGCUCUGA